GCGAUGAGCCUUGGUGUGGGCAGCCUACCGCGCGCGCAGGUCAGUUUGCCGUUGAAGCUUCAGGCUGCCUCACCUCAGCCCCCGGUGCGAAGGUCCCUCUGGCCAUUUCGCCAAGGUCUUGCUUGCCUGUGCGCUGCAGGUUCUGCAUACCGACCACGCCUGGCGCGUGCAGCACGCGUUGUGCGCAGGGCUCUUCCGGAGGUUAAACUCAACACCACUCGACCGGACCUGUGGGAUGGAUCCGUGAUGGUCUUGUUCCUUCGUGCCCAAGAUGGCAAAGCACAGCUUGGAAGGAUAGGGACAUACCUGGACAAAGUGACCACUUCCGGGAAGCUUCAAAAGCUUAUAGACGACACAGGCUUCACUGCCUCCCCAGCCACAUCUGAGCUGCUGGAAGUCUCUGACAAAGGUUUGCAGAGAGUGCUCAUGGUGGGCCUGGGGGAGAAAGAUUCGGAGGACUGGAGAAAGGCCGGCGACACAGCAGGAGCGGCGAUAGCGACCAUUGAAGGCAGUGCCUCUUUG